GAACUGACAUUUUCAGUUGAUGAAUGAAGGUUGUAUAGGGCAUUGUACCAUCUUAUACCAUCGGGAGAAAACACCUUUCUCAAUUUUACCAUUCGCCCGAGGCUGGUCGAGUUGAGCGCAGUGACUUUUUGCGACACCAUUUCCUUUGACAAAGCCUCGUUUCCAUCGGAAGAACAUCUCACGACGUUCACACAGCAGUGAUCCGCCAUGGAUGAUAAAUAUCCACAGCGCCUAGAGGAGUUCGAGCAAUAUGUGAUGAACCACAUCCCGAUCCGCCUCAUAAGGGUAUCGGACAUGGAGUUUGUAGGGCGUGAUGAUAUGAGGAAGCACUUGAAGCCCUCUGUCCCUAAAAGGGAUAAUGGGGGCUAUAGACCCUCCGUCCAUGUCAAAUAUGCCAUUCUAUCUCACCGAUGGCUGGCUUCGGGAGAACCAACCUACGAAGAGAUGAAGGCGGGAAAAGCAGCAGGUCCGGGAUACGAGAAGCUGACGAAAUUCUGUGAACAGGUCAGGCAGCACAAACUGGAAUUUGCAUGGUCAGAUACCUGUUGCAUCGACAAGAGCAGCAGUACCGAGCUGGACGAGUCGAUUCGCUCCAUGUUUCGUUGGUAUCGCAAUUCGCGAAUUUGCAUUGUCCAUCUAGCACAAAGCGAGACCAUCGAGGAUAUAUUACUCGAUGAAUGGACGAGGAGGGGCUGGACAUUGCAAGAACUCCUUGCACCCUUGUAUAUCAAAUUCUUCAACAAGCACUGGACGCCCAUGACAAAUGAUCCAAAUGACAAAGGCGAGGAAGAAAACACUAAAAUACUGCGGAAUCUGGAGAAGGCCACUCACAUUCCUCGUCGCGAGAUAUACUGGAAGUUCAAUCCAGGUCCGUUCAAGGUGGAUGAGCGGAUGGUGUGGGCAGCUGAACGCAGGACAACGAGGAUCGAAGAUGUGGCAUAUUCUCUGAUGGGCAUUUUCGGCGUCAGCCUGCAGAUCGCAUAUGGAGAAGGAGGAGACCGCGCAUUCUGCAGGCUCAUUGAUGCCAUCAUGCAGGCUGGUGACGCUUCUGUCCUCAACUGGAAGGGCGAGGCUGCAAGACAUCACACCUCAGAUGCUAUUCCUCGAUCGCCAAAGAGCUUCAUGGACCGUCGAGACUUGAAGUUGGCUAAUGGGCGACUGGAGAUGACUAUGACGGGCCUCGGCUUGCGAGUGCCUCUAGUUAUACUCCCUCUCAAUCUCCCCUUGGGAAUGGUUAAGGGCACAGGGAAUGCCCGCAUCACAUUCAACUGCCUGUUGUAUCCAACCAUCAAGGUUGAUAUCACUGUGGACAACUCGUCGGUCCACGGCCAGUAUCAGUAUGCACUCGGGAUCAUCAACUAUUCACUGGUUAGGGAUAGAUCACGCGAGGUGCUAGGGAUCCAGGGCAAGUCUGUCGGCUUCCCCCUCAAAUGCCGACGAGAACCUGAGAGAGAUCAGUCCGUCUCAUCAACCACUAAACCCAGAGCAACUGGGUUUGAGACUGUCUCUGACCUGGAUCAGAUAUUCGGACAGUGGAGGAAGAUACGUCAAGAGGGCUUGAUCGAGGUUAAUUUUCCAACCACACCGAAUGAUCCAAUGUUUUACAUUAGUCGUAAGUACCUAGAGAUUGUCUACUUGUAGCAACCUU